GUUGUAUUGUAGAGCACACUGCAGCAAAUCCCUAACAACUUCUGUUGUUGUAUGGUUAUUAAAGUAUUUUACCGUUUGGACAUCAGUUCUUAGUGGGUUUUCAUGUUUUCCACCAAUAACCCGUCUUCUUGUUCUAACACUGCGUUUCUAGUUGCCUUUACACAAUCCUGGACGGAGCAACAAUGAUGAAAUCAGUUCAAAGGCUUUUGUGAUCUGUGCACCAUCAGCUCCCUUAAAAGGUUGAGAGCGAUGCCGUGGAGCAUGUCCAUUCUCUCCAGAGAUUACUGCUAAUAAGAGGGCCAGUAUUUAUAGAAGAUCCCCCCCGGUGGAUACCCCCUAAUCCUGCCUCACCCCUUUUCCUCCCUGAGCCUGGACUCGCUCUCUGCAGCCCCAACUAAGCUAAGAAAACCAUCUAACAAUGUCCACCAGCGAGCGCUUCGACUGCCAUUACUGCAAAGACUCCCUGCUGGGGAAGAAGUACAUAAUGAAAGAGGACACGCAGUACUGCACUAAGUGCUAUGAGAACCUGUUUGCUAACUGUUGUGAGGGCUGCUCUUCACCAAUUGGCUGCAACUCCAAGGACUUGUCCUACAAGGACCGCCACUGGCACGAGCAGUGUUUCAAUUGUGCAAAGUGCAGCCGCUCUCUGGUGGAAAAGGCCUUCGCUGCCAAGGAGGAUUUGUUGCUCUGCAAUGAAUGCUACGCCAACGAUUAUUCCUCCAAGUGUUCCACCUGCAAGAAAACUGUCAUGCCAGGAUCCCGCAAAAUGGAAUACAAGGGGAACAGCUGGCAUGAGACCUGCUUCCUGUGCCACCGCUGCCAGCAGCCAAUAGGAACCAAGUCCUUCAUCCCAAAAGACACCGGCUACUUCUGUGUGCCCUGCUUCGAGAAGCAGUUUGCCUACCAGUGCUGCGCUUGUAAGAAGGCCAUCACUACAGGUGGGGUGACCUACCAGGAGAAGCCGUGGCACCGCGAGUGUUUCUUAUGCAUCAGCUGCAGGAAGCAGCUGUCGGGCCAGCGCUUCACCUCCAGGGACAACUUCCCCUACUGCCUCGAGUGCUUCAGCAACCUGUAUGCUAAGAAGUGUGUGGGCUGCACCAAGCCCAUCACCAGUCUGGCCGGGGCCAAGUACAUCUCCUUUGAGGAGCGUCAGUGGCACAGCGAGUGUUUCACCUGCCUCCAGUGCUCCGUGUCUCUGGUGGGACGAGGCUUCCUCACGCAGAGAGACAACAUCUUGUGCACCGACUGCGGCAGAGAGAAGUGACCUUUCCAUCCAGAGUUCACGGGAUUAUCACAAUAAGAGCUCCUGUUGCCACACACAUAUUAUGUAUCCAUGAAUAUUUCUUCUUCUUCAUCGCAUGCCAGGUACACAAACAAACUCUGAAUGUCAGACGCUUAUUUUGGUGUUAUAAAUGACCAUUAGUUCUCUCACUCUGCCCACACACACA